AGAGCUGAUUAGAUGAUAGAACCGCCGUUGCAACGGUUCACAGGAGUCAUUUGAAGGGCACGAGAGUUGCUGUGUGUUAAACGCACCGUUACUUCCACUCAGAGUGAGAUCGAGUCAUACCGAGAGAAAAACACUUCACUCUGCUCUCAGCUCAACUCAACGACAGUUCUCCCAGCGUCCGCGAUGGCCGAGGCGCACCAGGCCGUGGGCUUCCAGUUCACCGUCACACCGGACGGCAUUGACCUGCACCUGAGCCGGGAGGUCCUCAAACACAUCUACCUGUCCGGCGUGACUUCGUGGAGAAAACGCGUCAUUCGCUUCAAGAAUAAUAUCUUGGCUGGAGUGUAUCCUGCCAGUCCAUCCAGUUGGCUGAUCGUGGUCAUUGCCAUAAUGAGCACCAUGUACACCAGGGUCGACCCGUCACUGGGCAUGAUCAGCACGAUUAAAGACACGCUGCCCGUCAGUGAUUACAUGACGGUACAGACUCAGACGGUGUUGAGUGCCAUUCUAUUUGCUACGGGUGUGUGGUUGUCCCUGAUUGUGCUGCUCAGAUACACACUCAAAGCCCUCCUCUCCUACCACGGCUGGAUCUUUGAGCCGCACGGCAAGAUGAGUCUCACUAAUAAACUCUGGCUGAGUCUGGUGAAGCUGUUAUCUGGUCGACGACCGCUGCUCUACAGUUUCCAGGCGUCUUUACCCAGACUUCCUGUGCCCAGUGUCGAGGACACCAUACACAGGUAUCUGGAGUCAGUGCGCCCCCUGCUGGACGAUGAGCAGUAUAAACAGAUGGAGACUGUGGCAAACGAGUUUAAAAAGGACCCAGCGCCCAAAUUACAGAAGUACCUCAUAUUCAAGUCCUGGUGGGCCACCAAUUAUGUGAGUGACUGGUGGGAGGAGUAUAUCUACCUGAGGGGGCGGGGCCCAAUCAUGGUCAACAGUAACUUCUAUGUGAUGGAUCUGUUGUAUGUUGUCCCCACUCACAGACAGGCAGCCAGGGCAGCUAAUGCAGUUCACGCCAUGUUACAGUAUCGACGCAGACUAGAGCGAGGAGAGCAUGCACCGAUGAGGGCUCUGGGUGUAGUGCCAAUGUGUUCUUUCCAGUAUGAGAGAAUGUUCAACACCACACGCAUCCCUGGCAUCGACACAGACUUUGUUCAGCACCUGAAAGACCGUAAACACCUGGUAGUUUACCAUCGUGGGCGCUUCUUUAAGGUGUGGCUGUAUUACGGUGGACGCCACCUCUGGCCUUCUGAGUUAGAAUUCCAGUUUCAGCGAAUCCUCAACGACACCACAGAACCGCAGCCCGGCGAACUGAAACUCGCUGCUCUCACCGCAGGCAACCGGGUCCCGUGGGCCAGGGCGCGGCUGAAGUUCUUCGGCGAGGGUGUGAAUAAAGCGUCCUUGGAUGCCAUAGAAACGGCAGCGUUCUUCCUGACGCUGGACGAGGAGGAGCAUGGCUACAGGGCGGACAAACUGGAUUCACUGGAUCACUACGCCAAAUCCCUCCUGCACGGCAAGUGCUUCGACAGGUGGUUUGACAAGUCCUUUAAUCUGAUUGUGUAUAAAAACGGUAAAAUGGGUUUGAACAUUGAACACUCAUGGGCAGAUGCUCCCAUCAUUGGGCACAUGUGGGAGUAUGUUACAGCCACAGACUGUUUCCAGCUGGGUUACACAGAAGAAGGCCACUGCAAAGGGGACGUCAACAAAGGACUGGCUCCCCCCGCCAGACUACAGUGGGACAUUCCAGCAGCGUGUCAGGACAUUAUUGAGAGUUCAUACAGUCUGGCAAAGGAGAUCGCUGAUGACGUGGAUUUUCACGCCUGUAUCUUUAAUGAGUUUGGGAAAGGACUGAUAAAGAAAUGCAAAACCAGCCCAGACGCAUUUGUGCAGCUGGCUCUACAGCUAGCUCAGUACAGGGACAAGGGUGAGUUCUGUCUGACCUAUGAGGCAUCGAUGACCCGUAUGUUCCGAGAGGGCCGGACAGAGACGGUACGCUCCUGCACCAAUGAGUCGGCUGCUUUCGUCCGAGCCAUGGAGGACAAGAACAGCACGAAUGAGCAGAGACUGGAGCUGUUCCGGAAAGCAGCGGAAAAACAUCAGAACAUGUACCGUCUGGCCAUGACCGGCUCUGGGAUCGACCGGCACCUGUUCUGCCUCUACAUUGUCUCCAAACUGCUGUCCAUCGACUCACCUUUUCUCAAACAGGUCCUGUCAGAGCCCUGGAGACUCUCCACCAGUCAGACUCCUCAGCAGCAGCUGAACCUGAUUGACAUCCAGAAAUAUCCUUCAUAUGUGGGAGCAGGAGGCGGCUUUGGCCCUGUGGCAGAUGACGGCUACGGUGUGUCUUACAUCAUCGUCGGGGAGGACCUGAUCACAUUCCACAUUUCCAGCAAAUUCUCCAGCCCAGAAACAGACUCGUAUCGCUUCGGUCAGAACAUCAGACAGGCUAUGCUGGACAUCCGUGCUCUGUUUCACCAAAACGAGAAGAGGCAAUGAGAGAGAACUGUUUAUCCCAGUGAAACCUGCUCAUUAAUAACUAUAUACUCAUCAAAUAAUUAUAAACUCUCCACCCUCAGUCUACCAUCACAACAUGACUCUCCCAGAGGAGCAAACCUGGAGCCGCUCUGGUUCCUUCACUUCACAGACCCUUGUAGUCUCUCAUUCCAUCACAGUUAUCACGGUGAAGUGGCCGUCUUCUCUUGGGGGGGGGGCUAGGGUAAUGGAGCUGCCAUAUUUCACGAAUUCAUGGGAAAGUGAUCACAGACAGUA